GACAGGUUCAGUGGUUAUGGACUUGAUAUGGGUUCCUUGUCUCCUUUUUUCUGUCAAAACAUUUUACAGACAACUUGGUUUCUUCCAUAUUGGUUCCAUCCUCAAUGUCUCUCUCUAUAUAUGGCUUUGUUACUUGUCUCUAAUCCCGGACCCGGAGUGAAACAAGUGAUGAAGAUGGUGGGGUUCCAGAAGCUCAAGCAUCGUCGUCGCAAGGGACGAAAAGAGAAAUCCAAGUUUCGCGAAACUUACGCCCAAAGAAACCUCCGGAUCCUUCGAAAUAUUGUACCAGGCUGUGAAGAGAUCGAGGACGAGGAAGCCUUGUUUCGCAAGUCAAUCGAACAUGUUAUGCUUCUCAAGUCUCAGGUUACUUUACUUAGAAAGAUAGCUCAUGUAUGUGGGGUCUAAAAGAACGUAAGUUCUCAAGUUGUUAUGCAUUAUAUUAUAAGAUCAAACGAGAGAUACAUAAGAAACAGAGGAGGAGAUACAUAAAACAUGGCCAAGAAAAGUAAUAUUACAUAGAGAAAAAGGAUGAAGAAGACAGAAGAAAAUUUCAGUUUUUGUUGUAAAAAGUGAGAUCGUAAUUUGUACGUAAAGAAGAAGAGAGAGUGAGCAUGUGUUGGAUCGUUGUGACCCAUGUCUUGUAACGACUGUAAUCAUCCGCCAUGUCUAGUUUGAUAUCUCCUCUGUUCGUCCUCAGGACAAUGAGAUAACAAGUGUCCUCUAUGUUGUUGUCUUCGCUAUCCGAAUCCUUGUAAAGUUCCACAUGAACAUUCGU